UGUUUGCAUCACCUCUUAGAAACGUUGCCAUACUACAGCUGGCAAAUGCAGGAGAUUAUAUUAACAUUUACAGCCGAGGCCUUCGUGGUCUAAACUUUAUUACACAAAUUACAGGCUCCUCCUCAGCUCCCUGCACCCGAUCAGCAUUCCUACCCUGGAGCAAAGCCUUUCAUCUGAUCCUGUGAGUGUAUACACACCACCCUCUAAACCCACGUAAUGGCUCUCUGUAUGUGAGGACAGACGGGGGGAAUCAAGAUGUGCUCUGAAACGGACAGCUGACGAAUCAGCUAAGCCCCUUCUUUUUUUUUUUUUUUCUGGAGUUUCAGAUUGGUAUCUGCCCAGGUGUUUGCAGUCUGCUCUGGUAGGUACUGGUGGUGAGACGCAGCUCUUUAUGUUUGAGUCCUUGCAGAUUUUGAGUCUUGUAAUUACAAAAAGAGAGAAGGAGUGUCACCUCAGCAUUAGUAAACCUGUGUUUAAAGCCAGCUACAAGAACUCAGGAAAGUGCAAUUAAAGACCACAGAUGGGAGGAUUUCCAAGAGAACUGUUCCAAAUGGGAAAAGUGCACACUCUACUGGCCUUUAUCCUGCAAGUACUCUGCACUUGCCAUACAGCCUCCACUUUUUCCAAUGGCUUCUUCUACCAAGACAUCUUCAAUGGAAAUGGGAAUGGAGAAAUUCACUUCACUGGCGUAAAACUGCGAGUUGAGGCUCAGCAGCACUCUGUGUUUGCUGUGAGGGGCAGUAAUGUCACCCUGCCCUGCCGGUUCUGGUAUGAGCCUCCAUUAAUCAGCCCACGGAGGGUGAGGGUGAAAUGGUCCUUGUUACCACUCUCCGGGGACCAAGAGUCCGAUGUGUUUGUGUCUAUUGGUCACCGUCAACGAAGCUUCGGAGAGUUUAAAGAUCGAGUGCAUCUUCAGAAGGAUGUCCAAGGAGACAUUUCACUCAUUAUCACCAAUGUGAGCCUGAAGGACAGUGGACAGUAUCGAUGUGAGGUUAUCGAUGGGUUGGAGGACGAGAGCGCAACAGUGGAUUUGGGGCUCAGAGGUCCAUGUGUUUCAGGUGUGGUGUUUCCCUACCAGCCUCAUCACGGCCGCUACCACCUAACCUUCAAGGCAGCCCAAAAAGCCUGUAAUGACCAAGAUGCUGCUGUCGCCACAUUCGAUCAGCUCUUUGCUGCCUGGCAGGAAGGGCUGGACUGGUGUAACGCUGGCUGGCUGGCAGAUGGCACAGUGCAGUACCCCAUUGUCCAGCCCCGACAGCCUUGUGGAGGCCUUGAUCUGGCUCCUGGGGUACGCAGCUAUGGAGCCAGGCACAAACAUAGAAACCACUAUGAUGUCUUCUGUUUUACCUCAGCUGUAAUGGGACAAGUGUACUUCUUGCAGCAUCCCCAGAAGCUGAACUUUACCAUGGCAGUCCAGGCCUGUAUUGACGACGGUGCUCAGAUUGCCAAAGUUGGUCAGCUGUUUGCAGCAUGGAAGUUUGUGGAGCUGGAUCAGUGUGACGCAGGAUGGCUGGCAGAUGGAAGUCUGCGCUACCCAAUCAGCAACCCUCGCCCAAACUGUGGUCCUCAGAAGUCAGGAGUCCGUAGCUUUGGCUUUCCUUCUCCAUACCACAAACAUGGUGUAUACUGCUAUAGAUCUAGGUAAAGGCUCUUUGACACUUAGUGCCUGUUGAAUGUGAAAUAAGAGGUACAACAGCCUUUUAUCCAACUGUAUGCUUGGACUUUUCUAAGAACUUGGAUGAGAAGAGAUGGAAGGACAAAUUUUAUUGAGAGUUAAAGCUUACACAUUGUCCAUAUAUAAUUGAGAUUCUCUCUCAGAUUGUUUUGUAUAGCUUAGGUCGAAAGGAGAAAUAUUAAUUACGUAAAGUAUCUAGUUCAAUUUUUGAUGACAAAUUAUUACAACAAGGGAAAACGGACACUGUAUUUUUCCAAUUAAAUCCCAUCUGAUUAAUUUUAGCUGCAGAAAGAUCAGACAUUCUAGUCAAUAAUCAUCUGAUGCUGAGGGAACUUUUUUGACACACUUUUACUAAUAAACUUUUAAUUUUGCAUUAUUCAUGGAGCUUUAGGGGACAAUAUUUACCCUACUAACCUCACAAAAAUGUCAAGACACACUAAACUAAUACAAAAAACAAAUUGUUCCCUGAAAAUGAUUUUUAUUUUCCAAUUGAAAAAAAAACAAACAAAGCUGCUUAGAUUGAUCCAGGCUAAUUUUCUUGUAAUUAAU